AUGGAUACUACCUUGCGACCUGCCCAUGCUCCCCAGACCCCCGCCCAGUCUUCCACCUUCUCCUCCUCCUCCACGACCCUUGGUAAUUCCACCAACUUUACCGGCACGGUAGAACAACCUUCAAAUCCCUUCAGUCUCCCUGCGAAACCCCUCAACCCUGCCUUUGCGACACCCCUCCAACCUGCCUCGGCCUAUACUACACAGUCCGCCAUGUCGCAGACACAACCUCUGGCACAGAAUUUCUCUGAUCCGGCUUGCUCCUCGGGCUUGCCAAUCGCUUCUCAAGGCAUGAAGGAGUCUGUACCAAGAUCAGAGGUACUACCUGCAAAUCAGGCUGCUGGCGACUACCCCCACCAAAUAACUGGCCUGGGGGGACCUACAGCCACAGCGCCCUUCCUCCAGGAUUUCAGUUUGGUCGCCGAAGCAGCCAAGCGGGCUCAGAUGUCUAUCGUCAUGCGCGAUCUCGAAAGCGUGACUCUUUAA